AGGUCACGUGUGGCCGCCCCGCGCCUGCGCACACCUAUAAGGCGGGAGUGGAUGCGAGAGUUUGGCGCCAUCUUAGUUGCCGCUCAAUGUUUCAAGAGCCGCCUCCCCCGGCCAGCACCACCCCAGCCCGCCCUCCGCGAUAUGCUUUUGGCUUGUUGGAAACACCCCGCAGCGCCGGAGGAGUCCGAAGCACGAGCUCCUCCACAGGGAGGCCGGCUUCAGGCUGGGCCUCGGAUCCGUCGCGCGGUCACCAAGCUCCCAGCGGCUUCACCCCGACCGGCGGCUCGAGCGGCAACGGCGGCCUGAGCCGAGCAGAAUCGUAUUUUGGUGAUAAAAGUUCUAAUGUAGGGAAUCGAAACCUGUUUACUGGCGCCUCGGCACGGAGCAGUUCUUCACUGAAGGACGAUACCAGAAUUGGGAAGACGCCUGCAUCCACUACCAGCAGCAGUCGCAAUGCAAGACCCCCUUGCAAACUUCGUACUCCCCAAACUGGUUAUUCAGUUACUUCUUCUUCUGCAGUCUCAGCUCAUGUUGCAUCAGUAAUUGUAGCCGUAGUGGAGGGACGUGGGCUUGCUCGGGGUGAAAUAGGAAUGGCGAGCAUUGACCUGAAGAGCCCUGAGUUGAUAUUGUCCCAGUUUGCAGACAACACUACAUAUGCAAAGGUUAUUACCAAGUUGCAGAUUUUAACACCUUUAGAAAUCAUAAUGCCAAAUACCGCUUGUGAUAAAGGAAGUGGGACUAAGCUGUUUACUCUUAUCACAGAAAACUUUAAAAGUGUGGCUCUCAGUACUGUUCAGAGAAAAUACUUUAAUGAAACAAAGGGACUGGAAUACAUUGAGCAGCUUUGUACACCCGAAUUCAGCACUGUGCUAAUGGAGAUUCAGAUGAAAUAUUACUGUUUGGCUGCAGCGGCAGCCUUGCUGAAGUAUGUUGAAUUCAUCCAGAAUACAGUUUAUGCUCCAAAAUCUCUAAAGGUUAUCUUCAAAGGGAGUGAACAAACAGCGAUGAUAGAUUCAGUCUCAGCUCAGCAGCUUGAACUGAUCAUUAACAACAGAGAUCCAAGAAAUAAUCAUACGCUAUAUGGCGUCCUGAACUACACAAAGACAGCUGGAGGGAGUCGCAGACUUCGCUCAAACAUCUUGGAGCCCCUGGUUGAUGUGGAGACCAUUAACACAAGAUUGGACUGUGUCCAAGAACUCCUGGAGGAUGAGGAUCUCUUCUUCAGCCUUCAGUCCGUAAUUUCACGGUUCUUGGAUACUGAUCAGCUCCUAUCUGUCCUAGUGCAGAUUCCAAAGCAAGACACUGUACAGGCAGCUGAAUCCAAGAUCACAAACCUAAUUUACCUGAAGCAUACUUUGGAGUUAGUGGAGCCACUGCAGGGAACGCUGAAAACUUGCAAGACACCAUUACUAAAGGCUUAUUGCAGUUCACUGGAAGAUAGUAGAUUCAACCUCAUUUUAGAGCAAAUCAAAACUGUAAUUAACGAUGAUACCAGGUACAUGAAAGGCUGUUUGAACAUGAGGACACAGAAAUGCUAUGCUGUCAGACCAAAUAUCAACGAGUUCCUUGAUAUCGCUCGGCGCACAUACACAGAGAUUGUUGAUGAUGUAGCAGGAAUGAUAACACAGCUGGGAGAAAAAUAUAACCUGCCUCUGAAAACUAGCUUCAGUACUGCCCGAGGAUUCUUCAUUCAGCUGAACUGUGAGGGAGCUUCAUUCCCUAAUGGGCAAUUGCCGUCAGAGUUCAUGAAGGUCACCAUGAUGAAGAACACUUACAACUUCACUACAGUCGACUUAAUUAAAAUGAAUGAGCGGUGCCAAGAGUCUUUGCGGGAGAUUUAUCAUAUGACCUAUCUGGUAGUUUGCAAACUCCUGAGUGAGAUCUACAAACAUAUCCAUUGUCUGUACAAGCUGUCAGAUGCAGUCUCCAUGUUGGACAUGUUGCUAUCCUUCGCACACACCUGCACACUUUCAGACUAUGUCCGUCCAGAGUUCACUGACACCUUGGCUAUUAAGCAGGGACAACAUCCUAUUCUUGAAAAGAUAUCAAUGGAGAAACCUGUUGCUAAUAACACCUACAUCUCCGAUGAGAACAACUUCAUCAUUGUUACUGGGCCCAACAUGAGUGGAAAGUCAACCUACCUUAAACAGAUUGCUCUGUGUCAAAUUAUAGCACAGAUUGGGGGUGCAUUCACGUUAUUUGCCACUCACUUCCUAGAAAUCUGCCACCUUGAUGCUUUAUAUCCCAAUGUGGAAAACAACCACUUCGAAGUUCAACAUAAUCGAAGCAGGACUGGAAACUGUAGUAAAAUUGUCUACACAUACAUCCUCUCCAAAGGUUAUACUGAGGAGAUAAAUUAUGGAACAAGGCGUAAACAAAGAAACACUGCUGAGUCGCUGCAGCAGAGAGCAAUGCAUCAACUGGCCACCAGGCUGGUGCAGACAGCAAGAAACUCAUGCUUGGAUCCAGAUCGGUUGAGGAUGUACCUAACGGGCCUCCGGAAAAGGUAUGAAGCAGACUGCCUCACAGCCCAACAAUCUCCGCAUGCAGAUGCAUCCCUCUGAGAACAUUUUAGUUCUAAACAAGAAUGAAACCAUUUAAUAAUGAACGUUCCAAAGUAUCGUGGUUAUUUGAAAAAAGUGUUGGAUCAGAUUUGCUGCCAAAAUAAAGGUGCCACUAACGUGUGAUGCACCAGUGGAUUUUUGACACGGAAGUGAGCU